AUGAGAUACCUGCCAUUCAAGCUAGAGCCUGGUCAUUUAGCCACGCCUCUCAAAACCCGAGCACAACUUCUCAGCACCAUUCGGCAGAGAAGUCGGAAACCUCGAGAACUCGGAUUCAGGAAAGUGAGCAGCAACUCUCCUGAACGAUUCAGAAGUUGGAAGAUUGGACCGGAUGAUCCAUUGGAUUCGGGUUUCAGGUUCAUAAGAAAACACCUGGUCCGCCCGCCGACCUCACGACAGCUGAACGAAUCACCUGGGCCACGACUGAGGAAAAUAUCCAGCGCUUCAUCUCCUCCACCAUUACCGCCUGAGGAAGGAGGAACACAAUUUGGAUCAAAUAGGUCCAAUGACCGGGCCAGUAUCCCGUCCCACCGUCCAGAAACCCUCAUCCAAGCGGGAAAGUUACUUGACCACGGCAGGCCCGUGGUCUCGCCCAUCCUGGCCCGGGAUGCCUGCCGGUGCUCCAAAUGUAUCGACCCAUCUGAUCGACAGCGUCAGUUCUCCUACGCCAACAUUCCGACCAACAUCUCAUUCCGGGACAUUACUCACGUCCCGGGCAAGAACGACACUCUGGUCCGAUGGCUCCACGACGCUGAGCCGCAUGAACCAGGAGACCCGAGCAUCUUCACCGAAGCGACCAUCGCGAAUUUGAAAAACGAAUUCCGCAAUCGGACCCGUUGGGCUGUGUACGAUCGGCCGCAAAAGCUGUGGGACGCAGAAUCGUUCCGGCGGGAAACCACCCGUAUCGAAUUCAACGACUACAUGAACGACCGGCCCUCGCUUGCCGCGGCCGUACACCUUCUCUGGCGCGACGGCUUAGUCUUCAUCGAUGGAGUGCCGGAAUCCGAAUCCUCCGUCGCCGCCAUAGUCAAUCGCAUCGGUCCCUUAAUGCAGACUUUCUACGGCCCAACCUGGGACGUCCGCUCUGUCCCCAACGCCAAAAAUGUUGCCUACACCUCCAAAUACCUCGGUUUCCACAUGGAUCUGCUGUACAUGCGCGAUCCGCCGGGCUUUCAAUUCCUCCAUUACGUCCACAACUCCAGCGAAGGAGGGGAGUCACGGUUCGCCGACACCUUCAGGGCCGUGGACACUUUGUACACGGAGAACAAGGCGCACGUGCACACACUGACGCAUAACGAGGUGCGCUACGAAUACGACAACGACGGCUUCUUCUACUCGGACUCCAAGCCCACGAUCCUACGACGGUCAAAGUUGAACUUGCCCAGCCGCAAUCCGAUAGGAGCUGUGCACCCGACGCUGAUGCGCGAAGUGGGCCACGUCUUCUGGUCGCCGCCGUUCGUGGGCAAUCUGUCACCACACCUGGGCCAUGAACAGCUCGUCAAAUUCGUCACAGCCAGCAAGGCAUUCGCCGAUAUUCUGGAGCGGCCCGAGAAUGUCGUCGAGGAGAAGAUGGACAGCGGCACCUGCGUCAUCUUUGACAACUUGCGCAUCGUGCAUGCGAGAAACGCAUUCGACCUCAACUCCGGCCGCCGCUGGUUGCGGGGCGCGUACCUCAACCGCCAGGAUUUCAUCAGCAAAGCUGUAUCGCUGAUGCCGGACAUGCCAGUCGUUCGGAAUGUGCCGGUCGAUCCUCCCCAGGAAUACAGCAAUCAGCCCUUCAAUGAAGGAGGUCAGUCGACACCGUAUCAGGUGUUUCACGUCGAUUGA